AUGUUCGACAAGGACGGUAACGGGACGAUGAACAUCAAAGAAUUGGGCGUGGCGAUGAGGACGUUAGGGCUGAACCCGACGGAAGAAGAGCUUCUCAAUAUGGUGAAUGAAUACGACGUCGAUGGGAACGGCAAGAUCGACUUUGGCGAGUUUUGCAAGAUGAUGAAGGAGAUGAACAAGGAGACCGACCAGGAAUUGAUACGACUAGCUUUCAAGGUGUUCGACAAAGACGGCAACGGCUUCAUCACGGCCCAGGAGUUUAAGCACUUCAUGACGACGAUGGGCGAACGGUUUACGGAAGAGGAAGUAGAUGAGAUUAUUCGGGAAGUCGAUAAGGAUGGAGAUGAACAGAUCGACUACGAAGAAUUCGUAAACAUGAUCGCUCCAAUCGUGCAAGAGGGCAACAAAGACGAUCCGUUUGCCGACCCGGAAAAGACCAACCAAGACGACCACAAAGAGACCAAACCCGCCAAAAAGGGACACAAA